GGCCAGCGCUGCGGUUACUACUACCAGACAGCAAUUCUCAGUAUUACCAUUCACGACUGGUCUGGUAAUAUUUAAUCUCCAAAAAGUUGUACACCAUGCGUCUGUUCAGCUCGACGCUCCUUUUCCCCUUGGUCGCUCUCGCCAGGCUCGUAGCAGCUAAAUCCAGCUCUGGCGACUCCGUUCUUGUCUUGUUAGACCCGUCUCUUGAGAAAGAAAACUUUUCGAUAUUCUUCAAUGGCUUAGAACAGCGAGGCUACGCCCUCACUUUCCGCGCUCCAAAAGACGCUGAACCCGCUAUUGCUGAAUAUGACGUGCCAUCGUUCUCGCAUGUUAUUCUGUUUACUCCAGAAUCCAAGUCCUAUGCCCAGGACGUCACCCCACAAUCCCUUGUUGGUUUGCUUUCUCAGAACACCAAUCUCUUGAUUGCCAUGUCUCCCAAACAAACACUCCUCACUUCCCUUGCGGCUGAGUUCUCGCUCAUCCUUCCACCUCCGGGCACACCACUCAUAUCUCAUCAUCCUGCACGUGCUGAGCCGCCCACAGUUAUUCCCGUAGCUGUUCCACAAUCACCUCUGGUUAGACCAGGUACACCACCCGUGUGGUUCUCUGGUGUACCUCAUGCUCUCAAUACAAACCCCAACUUGGUUCCUAUCCUCCGUGCACCAUCUGAAAGUUUCGCGGCCGAUUCGAAUGACGAUUCUGGAGCUUCCAUGCUUGUCGACGCCACCGAAAAGGGGGGUGAGGGCCUGUGGGCCGGAAGUCAAAUGGAUUUAGUUACAGGGUUCCAGACUAGCCACAAUACACGCGUUGUGUUUGCGGGUGGUGUUGAACUCUUCAGCGAUGAAUUUACUAAGAAGGAACUACCAAAUGGAAAGCCCUCUGGUAAUGCGCAAUUUGCCAGGGACGUGGUAAACUGGGUAUUCCAAGAGUCACUCGCUUUGCGUAUUGACCAUACAACCCAUCACCGCGUAAACGAAACCGUUCCGGGCGAAUUUUACACCACCAACGACCAAAUUGUUUACACCGCGCAUAUAUCUGCUUACAAUCCUCGUACUUCGUCCUGGGAGCCUUUUUCUGGCCUGACUGACUUGCAACUUGAAUUUACUAUGCUCGACCCACAUGUGCGCAUCGCUCUUCCACCUGUCGCUGGAUCGCCUGGAAUAUAUGAAGUGCAAUUCAGGGCUCCUGAUCGCCAUGGUGUAUUCAAGUUUGUAGUCGACUGGCGCAGACGAGGUUAUACGUAUCUUCAGAGCUCGACCACCGUGCCUGUUGUUCCGCCCCGUCACAACGAAUAUCCUCGCUUCUUGAGCGCCGCCUGGCCGUACUAUGCAGGCGCUAUGAGUACCAGCGCUGGAUUCAUACUAUUUGCAGCCUUAUGGCUUGCUGGUGAUGUGAAGGGUGAGCGGAAGGUGAAAAAGGGCACCAAAACAGAGUAAUUGGAAGCUGCAAGUCAAAAUAUAUUCAUUCUUGAAUUGAUGCGCUCGUCAUGAUAGUCCGAGAUGUUCGUUCUAUGCACUGUACUUAGCGCACUGGUCUGAAUGACGAUACCCGGACCAAGAAUUGCAUCAUUUUCGCUGUAGAUGUUUUUUUAUACAGCGUCUAUUAGCAACAUGGAUUUCGUAUUUUAUGAUCACUUGAUUAGGUUCCGUCAGU